AUGAAACAAUUUAUACUCUCUAUUUGCCUUCUUCUUGCUAUAUCAUAUCCAACAAUAGCAAGAGAUCCAUCUCAAACAAUGCUCAUGAAUUAUUUAGCACGCGUAUCGGAUAAACGUGCUUUACUUUCAAAUGAGACAUUUUAUCGUACAAUGUUUCAAUCAUUUCGAAAUGAUCAUCCUCGUCAAUAUCAAGCACCAGAUAACGAGACAACACAUUACCAGAUCUUUCAAAACAGACUCAAAGAAGCAGUUGAAAGCAAUAUUGAAUCAAAUCUUACAUUUACAGUUGGUCUUAAUAAAUUUUCUGAUUGGAAACCAAAAGACUUACAAAUUCUUCGUGGUAAUCGUCCACCAGCUUCGGCCGUACGAACCAAUUAUGGCAUGGUGGCUUUUUCUCGAACGCCACGAGGUAGAGCAUCGAAAAAAUAUAACAAUCAAACACCAGUAAUACCACCUGCUACAUUUGAUUAUACAACGGAAGUAUCAAAAUUGAAUACUAGUGUACCAAUUAUACGACCAAUUAGAGAUCAAGGAUAUUGUGGAAGUUGCUAUGCAUUUGCUAUAAUUACCUUAUUUGAAGCUCAAUAUGCCUUUCAUUUUGGACAAGCAGUUAAUAUGAGUGAUCAACAAAUUGUUGAUUGUUCAACAGGUGAUUAUGGAUGUGUUGGUGGUUAUUUUGAUACAUCAUUUGCUUAUGUACAAAGUUAUGCUUGGUAUCUAAAUAGUGCUACAGAUUAUCCUUAUAAAGCCGUGGCUUCCACUUGUUCCGCUAAAAAAACCGGUGGAUGGUCUGUUGAUACUUCAGUUUAUCGUCAUCUAACACCAGGAAAUGCAUCAGCUAUGCAAGAAGCACUUCUUGCUUUUGGCCCUUUAUGGGUAAGUUUAUAUGUUGGUUCAGACUGUUCUGGUACUGCAAAAUCAAAGUGUCCAGUAGAUCCAACUGCUGCAAGCAGAAUUAUGCACGCAUUUCAAAGUUAUACAGGUGGAAUUUUUAAAAUGGAUGGAUGUGUUACAUCAGCAGCUAAUAAUAAUCAUGCUAUGGUUAUUGUGGGAUACGGACAUGAUCCAAACUUGGGUUUAGAUUAUUGGAAACUACGUAACUCAUGGAGUUCUGGAUGGGGAGAAGACGGUUACGUUAGAAUUCAACGUGGAGUCAACAUGUGUAAUGUUGAAUCGGAUGCUUUUUUAAUUGCUAAACCAGCACCUUAA